UGCCAGGCAGUAAAAUAACAGAACAAAAUGCGAAUGAAUAACAUCGGGACAAGUCCAUUCCGAGUUCAUGCUACUAGCUAGUUCCUCGACAAACCCCAUUGCUGCCAUUCUAGCCUAGGGCCAACGUAUCCGUACAUGGUCAAUAUUUGUUUCGGCGAGCAUUACUAGCGGCACGCAGGGGAAGGUACAACGCUCUUGCUUACCAUUGGAUGGCAUUCCGACUACAACUGCGACCAGUAGCGACAACCGGACGGGUCGAACAUUCAGCUGGCCGGUCGGCCGACAACGGCAACGCUCACUGAGGCAUUCGGAAUACGCUAGCUCAUAGCUUGCGCUUGACGAUUAGUGAAGAGACUCGCCUUUCACGACUAUGCCGGCGAAGAAAGAGGUCAUAUUGCAGCACCAGCUGAAGAGUGAUGAUGACUACCAUAAGAUGCUCAGAAAAGAAGGCCUCACAGUGGUGGAUGUGUACGCCAAGUGGUGCGGUCCGUGCAAGGCAAUCGUUUCUCUGUUCAGGCGCCUGCGCAAUGAGCUUGGUGACGACAUGCUGCGGUUUGCUCUGGCCGAGGCAGAUGGCAUCGAGGCACUGAAGGAGUACCGUGGCAGGUCGCAGCCAACGUUCUUGUUUGUCGCGACUGGUGAAGUGUUGGUCAAGGUCAUCCGUGGCGCGGAUGGGCCUCUCAUCGAAAAGACAAUCGUCAACGAACUGAAGCAAGAGCACAUGGCUUUGGAGGGACAGGUCGACAGGGCUGAGUUCAACGACACCUUCUUCGAGGAGCUUGCAGCCAAGCGUGCUGCAGAGGAGGCUGCGGCUGAGGCCGAGAGGAACAAAAUCGUACCAAUCCGAAAGCAGCUCGCGCUCAUGGUUCUGAAGCCGGACGUCUUGCCGGAGCAAGCAGAAGAGAUCGUGCAGAAGACAAUUGAUGCUGGAUUUCAAGUACUGAAGCGCAAGGAAAUGACUUUUGAACGCGAAGUAGCAGAGGAGCUGUUCUCGUCAUUGAAGGAAGAGAGCAACUAUGAGGAACACAUCGAGCACAUCACGAGUGGUCCCAAUGUCAUACUGAUCAUCACCAAGAAGGGCAAAGUGGAGAACUUGAUAGCCGACCUGCGAGAAAUCGUCGGGCCCAUUGACGUCGAGGAUGCACAGGACAACUAUCCGGAGAGCAUCCGUGCUCUGUACGGCCGCGAUAAGAUCCGCAACGCUUUCCACCUCAGCUCGUCAAAGAUCAGUGCUGAACGGGAGAUUGUGAGUCUGUUUCCCAGGUUCAAGGCUCCGUGGAUAGAGGGCACGGCACCCGAGACCCAGCAGGCUGUGCUGGUCAUUGGUCCAAUGUUCGUGGAAAACCAAGCUUCUAUCAUUGAGCAGUUCACGGACAGCAAUGCGUGUGUACUACGACAGCGCUCCGUGCAGCUGGAGCAGGACGACGUGGAGACGCUCUACCCCGACUGUCAGGAGAACGCCAACAUGGAGGAGAUCACCGCGCACAUGGUCAGUGCUGAGUCUACGCUAGUGCUGCUGGAACAUGAGGAGAUCAUCGGCUUGUUUUCGGAAACUCUUGGCGCGGCCGCGCCGAAGGAUGGCGAUGCCAGCCUUGGCAGCAAGUCCGCCGGGGAAGGUACAGCAGACUCACUGUGCCUCUACAGCUCUGCGUCUCUUGAGACGGCCGCGCGGGACGUCAACCGCUUCUUCCCAAUGCAGCAGACGCUUGCGAUCAUCAAGCCACAUGCAAUGGAACGGAAAGAGGAAAUCCUCGAGGAGAUCUCCAACCGUGGCUUUGUGAUUGCGAUGCAAGAAGAGAAGGAGCUGCAGUCGGACGUGGUGGCUGACUUCUACGCUGAACACAAGGAGAAAGACUUCUAUGCCAGCCUGGUCGAGGCCAUGUGCAGCGGUCCGGUGGAGACCAUGAUUCUGUCAUCCCGUGACGGCAUACAGGCCUGGAGAGAUGCUCUAGGACCCACCAGCACUAUUGAAGCGAAGGAGCAGAACCCAGGCUGCCUGAGAGCAAAGUUCGGUGGCGAGGAGUUCGAGAAUGCACUGCAUGGCAGCGCCAGCGCGGAGGAAGCCCAGCGCGAGGUCGAGCUCAUCUUCGGCGAGGGCCUGGAGUUCGGCAACGACGGCAGGAUAAAGUCCGAGUCCGAGGAAGAAGAUGGUGAAGCUGCAAACGGAGAAGAAGCUACCACGGCAGCAGCAGCAGACGGAGGUGAAACAAAUGGAGACGCAGCAGCUGAAGCUGGAAAUAGUGAAGAACCUAAUGAAGCUGCUGCUGCUGUUCCCGCAGAAGGCGGUGACGUGGAAGCAGCACCUGCAGCUGAAACAAGUAAUGAGGCCGAAAACACGCCCGCAGCCGCUGACGAAGAGAAGGCAGAGGCUCCCACUGGCGACAAUGGAGGAGAAACAGCAGAUGCUCCUGCCGCGGAUGGGGAUGGCAAGGAAGAUAGUGCAAGUGCUGAAGCCAGAGCGGAGCAGGAAGGAGACAAGCCUGUUGAGUCUCCAGCAGCGGAAGCUGGAGGAGAGGAGGCUGCAUGAGGCCCAGACCGGCCCGCUUCCGUCCCCCCGGAACUGACUGAGGAAAUGAAGUGAAGAAGCUUAGGUUACGAGUGCUGCCACGUUGAUCCUAUUUUGUUUCACGGCGGCCACGUGACGACAGCCCUGUCGCACAAGGCUUUCAAGUAGCUUCAUUUGUGCCUGCAACCACGUUGUGCUCGACGGCAGCACUAUUAUGCAUUGAGUCAUGGAGUGAGCUUGCACGUGAACCAUACCGCGUCAAAAAUGAGUAUACUUCUAAGAAAGGCGUUCUCAGCAUCGGUUCACAGUGCCCUGCGCCCCUACAUGCACACGGGACUCUAGUCUUGCGCAGUGUGGAGCUGUGGCAACGGUGUAUACUGCUAGCACGACUUUCACAUAAUACUGCAAGUAGCUCGGCCAAGUUUACGUUCAGGGGAUCUGAUUAGAGAUGCCACCUUUCAGAUUCGUAGACUCACUGCUUUCAUGAGAUGUCUAUUCUAGCUAGGGAUUAGGCCACUAAAACAGGCUGUGUCAAAUUGGAACAACGUAAAAUCUAAUAACGAAUCUCGUCCAUCUUCAAGCAAAACAAAACUCCCAAAUCAUUACUGGCAGUAAGUACAAUGGCAUGUAUUACAUCACGACAACUACCUAUUAGGCUGAGUAUUAGCUCUCAACGUUUUGUUCAAGUACAGUCAUGAUACGUGUAUAGUUUGCGAUGUGGAUGUUCUUCUUUUCCUUUUUUUUCUAUUUAGGACGUGCUGGCAUUAUCCUUGAGUUGUGAUGUGAUAUCAUUUUUGACGUUCUGCCUGUUGUUGCAACACUGCUGGGCUUCUCUCCAGUUAUGAAGUAUGCAUGUUGGUCUAUUUCCCAUCCUUGAUGCUCUAUCUCCACUGCCCUUUAGAUUAGAAGCGGCUGGAGCUGGGCAAACUAGUAGACGUAAGUCUAGGAAGGAUUUGUCAAUAAUAUUAAAAUUAAUUUUAGUCCGGUAGUACAGUGUACAAUGCUUUGUCGUCAUCUUCAAUUCACAGUGUUUCGGUUACUUCAAAGAAUUUUCAACCUUGA